AUGCGACCAUGUAACCCCCGGUCCCGCGUCUGCUCACCGAACGGCCUCUUACCAGCAUCACUACCACUACACUCCCUCCCGAUUCGGUCCUCUCUGCGCAGCGAGGCCCAGCUGUUGCAGCUGCAAUGUCUCCGCUGGACAGGCUCUAUCUCAUCGCCUGCUGGAGCUACAUGCUCAGCUUCCACGCCACAAUCACGCUGCUUACACUGGGCAGUUCCGAGCGAGCGGCGUUGCGCCAGCUCGAGCUCAAAGAGUUCGCGGCGCUGGAAUGACCGGCAGCAUGGGGACCAGUUUGCGCGGGCGGCCAAGGUGCAGGGGCUGAAGAGUCGUGCGGCGUUCAAGCUAUUGCAGAUCAAUGAUCGGUAUAGGCUGUUCAGGCCGGGCAUCACGGUCGUGGAUUUGGGGUUUGCGCCAGGGAGCUGGAGCCAGGUAGCAGUCGACCUGACGAAACCACGCGGCCGAAUCCUCGGCGUCGACCUGCUCCCCGUACAGCCGCCGAAAGGCGUGUCGACGAUCCAAGGCGACUUUCUGUCCCCGCACGUUCAGGCCGAGAUCAAAUCCUUCCUCCGCGAUCCGGAGCGCGGCCGACUGCGCCGUCCACUCCUCCCUGCCCUUCCGGACUCGACCAGCGAGGACAGACAUCUUGACCGAGGCCUACUCGAGGACGUCGACACGGGAUACAUUGAGCGCGAGAGACUCGAUACUGCAGACGAAGAAGUUGGUGGUGCGAAUGCCUCUUCGGCAAAGCAACACGAAAGAGAAACGGAGACGGAGACGGAAACGGAAACAGAAUCAGGCCACCUCGACAGGUUCGUCGACGUGGUGCUGAGCGACAUGUCUGAACCCUGGGACCCGCUGGACGGGCUGUACAAAAGGAGCAUCAGUAACCCUUAUUACAGGUUGAUGAACACCAGCGGGAACGCAUUCCGAGAUCAUGCUGGAAGUAUGGACCUCUGCCGAGCGGCGCUGCGCUUCAGCUACGACACGCUCAAAGUGGGCGGACACUUUGUCUGCAAAUUCUACCAGGGCGCCGAAGACAAGGCGCUCGAGAAGAGCCUCAAGGCCAUGUUCCACAAGGUGCACCGCGAAAAGCCCGAGAGCUCCCGCAGCGAAUCGCGAGAGGCGUAUUUCGUCGGCAUCAAGCGCCUGGCCAAGGUCGACAAAGAUGCGGUCUUCGCGGAAUGA